AGGCAACGCAAACAGACUUGUUGAGACGAGAGAUACGCAGCCAGAGAGAGGAAAGAAUCCACUUUGAAAACUGGACAAAGACCCUCAAAGGGUCUGAUGUUUGCUUUGGAUAUGAGCUCAUGUUUAGGGGACAAGAGGAGAAGUUUGGGCUGAUGCUGGUCGAUGACGUCCUGUGGGCAAGAUUUGGCGCACAGCCAUGGAACUGUCGCGAAAGCUGCACUGGAUCCGCGACCGGCCCUGGAGGGCCCGGGCCCGUCACAGGAAGUUCAACAGAGUGUCCUCCCGCUUCCCAGACAUCAUGGCUGCUGGCACUCACUCUCCUGGAGGGCCCAAUGGCAUCAUCAGGAGCCAGUCGUUCGCUGGCUUCAGCACCCUGCAGGAGAGACGCUCACGAUGUAACUCAUUCAUGGGGAACUCAGCAGUGCAGAAGAAGCCCAUCUCAAAGCCCAGGAAGCCCCAUCUGUCCGGGCACAAGUCCAGCAGCAGCAGCAGCUCGCGAGAGCCGCAGCCCAAAAGAGUGGAAGAAGUUUACGGGGCCCUCAAACAAGGCCUAGAUGAAUAUCUAGAGGUGCACCAAACAGAGCUGGAUAAACUCACUUCCCUCAUGAAAGACAUGAAGAGGAACUCCAGACUGGGUGUGCUUUAUGAUCUGGACAAGCAAAUCAAGUCCAUAGAGCGAUACAUGCGACGACUGGAGUUCCACAUCAGCAAGGUCGAUGAGCUGUACGAGGGCUUUUGUAUUCAGAGAAGGUUGCGUGAUGGCGCCAGUAAGAUGAAACAGGCCUUCACUGCUUCACCCUCCACUAAAGGCACACGUGAGAGCCUGGCAGAGGUCAACCGCAGAUACAAAGAGUAUACAGAGAACAUGAGCACUUUUGAGGCUGAGCUGGAGAACCUGUUGGGGGAGUUUCAUAUCAAAAUGAAAGGAUUGGCUGGUUUUGCCAGACUUUGUCCCGGUGAUCAGUAUGAGAUCUUCAUGAGAUACGGCCGACAGCGGUGGAAACUAAAGGGGAAGAUCGAAACGAACUCCAAACAGAGUUGGGAUGGAGAGGAGAUAAUAUUUAUGCCCCUCAUUACAGACCUCAUCAACAUCAAGGUGACCGAGUUAAAGGGGUUGGCCACGCACAUCUUAGUGGGUAGCGUGAUCUGUGAAACCAAGGACCUGUUCACCGCAAUGCCUCAGGUGGUAGCAGUAGACGUCAACGACCUGGGAACCAUUAAACUUAACCUGGAGGUCGCCUGGUUUCCAUUUGACGUGGAGGAUCUGACCCUGUCCUCAGGAAACAUCAGUAAAACCACCGCCCUUCAGAGACGAGUAUCAGUGUACAGCCAAGGCACACCCGAGACGCCCACUUUCCAGGACACGUCUUUCUUUAAGUGGCAUCCUCGGCGGUGGGAGGGCCAGCGUCUCUCGUUCUUGCACACGCUCAGAGAGACUCUCUUAGAGAAACUCAGGCGCAGUCGCUCAUUUGGCGAUCUGGCUGCACUGAGACCUCGCUCAAGGUCCAGUCUGGAAGUCUAUUCCACUUUACAAGAUGACGUCUUUGAAAACGGAGGCUGUGGUGUGGCCGAAUGCAAGCGCCUGUCCUUCACCUUCUCUGACACGCCCACCUCAAGCCCCGCCCCCAUUCAGUCAAACCCCGAGAUCACAGUCACGCCCCCUGAGAUAGACCCUCCCUCUGAACCGGCUCCAGUCUCUGAGGAGCAGCCGGUUGAGGAGGAGUGUGUGGAGGAAGACUGUGGCAGUGUCAGUGUCAGCGAUCCAGACCUGGACUGGGAUCAGGCUGAGGCCCAAGGGCACGGCACAGGCUCUGCGGCCCUCUCUCUGUGCUCCGAGAGUCAGCUGUCUGCGGUGGGACCAGAGGAUGUGGUGUUCCUGGAGCCCAACAUGCCUGAUGAAGCCCUGGAGCUGAAGCCAGUGGAGCUGGACGGGGAGGAAGGCAGUCUGACCAGGCAGCUGGUGAGGAGACUCACAUCCUCUGAUAUGCUGCCCGAAGCUGGCGCCGUGAGCUGGUCUGGAGAGGGUAGCAGGACAUUUCAGGAGAGCAGCCUGGAGGAGGCCAUUCAGUCCCUGCUCCUGCGGCUGGAGAGCUUAGGCCAGCGCUGCGGAGAGCUGCAGGACUUGGAGCAGGAGGUUAUGAGACUAGAAGACCUGCUUAAGUGUCGGGUACCUGCUCAUAGGAGCCGUUCAUCAAGCCUCAGUUUGACCGUGGAGAGUGCUCUGGAAAGUUUCGACUUCCUCAACACCUCUGACUUUGAUGACGAUGACACCGGAGAUGAUGCUGCCACCCUCUCACGCGCUGUCUUCUUUGACAUGGAGUCAGAGAGAAUCGGGUCAGGCCAACAUCCAGAAGCAAGAGGCCACUUGAGUGAAGCCCUCACAGAGGACACUGGUGUGGGGAACAGUGUGGCUGGCAGCCCGUUGCCUCUCACCACAGGAAACGAGAACCUAGAUGUGGCCAUCGUCGUUCAUCUACAAUACUGCAGUCAUCUUGUCCAGUUGUUGACCUCAGGAGGAAGCCAGUCGCAGCACAAGACAUACCUACAAAAACUAACAACUCAAACACUUCUGUUGGAGGAGCUCAGUGAGAAAAACUUUGACAGACCAGGCAGCUGCAUUUUAGUGUCUGAUGUGUUACCUGGGAUGGUGGAGCGUCCGUCGCUGAUGACUCUGUGGUCCGACUGCAGUGGUGGUAUGUUCCAUACUACGCUGGACAGAGUGUUGAAGCAUAUGCAUCUCAACUUUGCCUUACCACUGCAACAGAUUCUGCCUCAUUCUCCUGACUCAGUGAUCAGGAUGGUAGUGAAUGAGAUGAUGGACAGGAGCGAGCUGGCCUCUGCCUUGUCUCCGUCAGCAUCCCUUCUGGCACAGGAUGUCCUCACUGUGUUUCAGUUCCACCACUACACUGUUGAACACGAUGUCACGGAUAUGGAGCAACACCUUCUGGAUUUAUCCAAAGAGGUCAUGCUUGAAGAAGCCCUGAGCUGUGGGGAUACAGAACGUUGUGUGAAGGAACUACUGGAAGUGUCCGUCACGUGUCUCCAGCCCCGUACUCAAACCCUGUGGGCCGUGGCUGCGCUAUUGACCUCUGAUGACCCUGAUGUGAUAAAGGUCGCUACAGCCUUCUUCUCCUCUGCUGCUUCACACAAACCCUUCAGGUCAAAGGCUGUUGAUUGUUACACACAAGCCUUAUCAGAAGUAGACAGAUCAAGAGCUGCAUGUGCCGCUCUCAGCUGCUUGCAGGCUGUGGAAAGCAUUGAUGCUGUGGUGUUACUGUGUGACUCAGCCGAUGAAGAUGUCCGCCAGAUUGCCAUAGAAACCCUUCUCACUUUCGGUGAAGACGGGCGGCUGGCAUACGAGCAGUUGGACACAGUGCCGAGGGAGAUGGUGCGUUUGGGCACUCGUCGUGGUAAUGCCGUUACCACUUCAUUUUAGAAAAACGACCCCCGUGACCCUGCACACUUCAGAUGUGAAAUACACACCACCUGCUAAGGGGAAAACAGAAGCUUAGCCUUCGAUUUAGGCCUACAUUUUGAGACCUUCAAUACAGAGUCUCCUUCUCUGCAGGAUGUUCACAUUUAUACUACUCAUGUCACAGUGGUCAAGAGUCAUCAAUUGCUGAUUGAACAAUAAGAGUGUUAAUAUUGGAAUUUAGUUAUUUGCAGAUUGCAGUUGCACUGUUGGAAGCAUGUAAAUAGACAGCAAAUCCUAUUUUAAUUUUUUUUUUUCCUUUGUAUGUGCCGUUCCGUUUCAGGGAUUAUAAGGGACUGUUUUUAUGCUCCCCGCUUGAGUUGUUUGACCUGGACAGAGUGAGAUUUUCUGUAACCUCUAGGAAAGAAAAGAUUUUAAGUAGUCAUUACUGAAAAACCGGCUUGGAUGGUGGACUUCUGAUUUAAACAUCGCUCGCUUGCCUUCACCGGUCAGGAGAAAAUAUUUCUAUGGACAGAGCCUGUAGUGAACAAUUGCGUUAACACGGUACUAAUGCCUGAGCACAUGGGAUCUUACAACAAGCAUCAGAGUAUCUGAAAAUGCACUUUCACACUAUAUUCAGUCAGAGAAGCGUGAUGCAUUACUGUGAAUUUUUGGUUUCUACGUAAAUGAAGACUGGAAGUAUAUUUGCUCUGUGAUCUGAACUUGCUUCUGUGCCUAUUGUUACUGUACUACUGAGUCAUGUGACUGUAAUAUCAUUUGAUUUAUUUAUUUUUCAUUUCUCUUCACUAUGGUAAGAUGCUGAUUUCACCCUCUCUUUUUUUUUAAAUACUGAGAACAGAUUGUAUUAACGUUGUACUAAAUAUCUGUUCACAGUAUGAUUAGGUACAGACAGGAUUUGGUAUUCCUGAGGGGCUAUUCACUAUGAUUUUUUUUUUAUAUUAUAUAUAUAUAUAUAUAGUUGGCAUUUUACAUAUAGAAAGAUGUUUUAUUGAUAAGUAUCAUCUUUUAACAGUGUAUUCAUGGAGUUAUACAGUAUUUGUGCUCAAGGGAACCUUUCCUAAACGUCUUUUCAGUAUGCUAAUGCACCUGACGCUUGCCUCGCUUUUUGACAUUUACACACCCCGUGUUGAAAGCUCUCAAAUGUGAAUUUACGCUUAUGGCGGCAAUUAAAAAGCAGUUUUGUAGAUCGCCCGACCUAUUUUUGCAAUUUUUUCUAUGACAUUGAGAAUUGUAAUGGAAAGCAGGGGCCUAAAUCCAUCAAAAGAGCACAUUUCGAGGAAUGUACUGAGUACAGAAAGGUUACUGAAGUAUAUGCCUCACAAGCACAACUGAAAUGUUUCGGUAAGAUUGUUUUUUAACAUGUUAAACAUGUUAUUUGACACAUACCGCAUAAACUCCUAAAGCCAUAAUGAUACAGAAGUCAGUAUAUUUAAGGCUGGUUUGUGGUUUCUAUUUAUCAGAAUGCUCUAUGACAGAUAUUCAAAAAUAAUACUUUUGUUAUUUCUGUUUUCUGUAUUCAGUCACAGCAGUUAAUGGCUGUGUUUUGCUCUUGUGUUGUGAGUUUGUCUAAUGACCACCGUUACAGUAUUUGACCCUGGGCAUUGGUGAUCACUCCUUCUUUCUUUGCACAGAGAUAUCACGUGAAAAGGUUGAACAUUUUUGCCUUGUAUUCAUCUCAGAAAGAAGCUCAGUGAAAUUCAACUGCAUUUAUUGUUCAAACCUCAUUCAAAUGUAAAUUAAUGUCCUUCUUUAUAGGAAAGCUGUUGUGUUAUGGUUUUGUGAGCGUGUGACUGUAUGUGUCGAGGGCUUGAGCGCACAGCUUGCCGUUGCAAUAGCUUUAGCUACUACUGUUUGAAUGAAAGCAGAUUUCACUUGAUGUCAAUGCUAAUGUUCCCUCACUGUUUCAUUUUUCUUUUCAUUUUUUUGAGUUUACUGUAUUUCCUCUGCUGAAAGUGGCAAUAAAAUUUAUUUUUACAUAAUUAUCAGA